GCCUACUUUAAUGUCCGACGUCCCUUCAAUUUUUUAAAAAAUAAAAAAAAUUUUUUUCUGUUUUGCUGUUUUUUUUUUCUUCUUCCUCUAAUUCGUUAUAUAAAAAUGGUUCACGCUAACGUUUGGAAUUCUCACCCCAAGUCCUAUGGUAAAGGUUCUCGUCAAUGUCGUGUUUGUGCCCAUCGUGCCGGUUUGAUCCGUAAAUACAACUUGAACAUCUGCCGUCAAUGUUUCCGUGAAUAUGCUAACGAUAUUGGUUUCCACAAGUACCGUUAAAUUUUGAUAUAUGGCUGUUAAAAUAUAAAAAAUGGGCCAUUUGUGAUAUUUAUAUAUAUACACACACAAAAAAAAAAUUAAAUAAAACCUUUUCUUUUGUGGAAACAGA